AAGUGUUGUUUUUUACUUGUAUUACAUAACUUCUAAUAUAAAUAAAAAAUAAUAUAAAAUAUUUAUAUUACAUUCUGUUAAAUAUAAAUAAGUAGAAUUUUUUAAUAAUUUAUUUUGGUUUACAUGUUAGUAUAUAUUUAAAAUUUAACUUUUGCAAUUGAAAAUGGCAUCGUACUUAGACCCAGAUGAAGAAUUUGAAAUGAUGCACGCAGAAGAGUUAGAAAUGAUGAAUGAAAUAAAUUAUGAAAAUGAAGUUGUUAAAAUACAUUCACCGAAGGAGUCAAAACGAAGUUUAAAUUUUCAAAAUCAUCAAGAAAACUCAGAUGUUUUAAAUUUGUCUACAGAACUUGGAGUACUACCUUUAUCACAGACAUCAGUAGAAUCAUUUAAUUUAGAAGAAAAUUUACCAAUUGUAGAUUCAAUAUCAAGUAAGAGAAGACCUUUAGAAGACUAUGAUGUUUUUGGCAAUAUUGAUGAUAUAAAUUUUGAGGAAGAUGACUUGCCACCAGUUAUGAAACGACAGAAGGUAGAUGAUGAACUUUCAGAUAAAGAAAUCAAACAGUUAAAUCUAAUAAAAAAAAUAAUUGAUGAACGUCAAAAAAAUAAAAUAGGAAGAAGAACUAAUUUUUUAACAGGAUCUACAUAUAAUUGUUCAAUUAGACCAUUUGAAAGUGUUUCUAAAAGAGUACCAUCUUGGUCAUUUUUUCCUGCUGUUGAUAAUGCAAGGCAAAGAGUUUAUAUUCGUUUCCGAUCAGAAGAAGCUGUUGAAUCUGAAAUCAAAAAUUUAUCAUGGCAUGCUAAAUCAGUGCAGUUACUUUCAUCCCCUGCAAAUAAUUUAAUUUCAAAUGCUUUUGAAAAAAUUGAAAAAGAUGAAGCUUUGAAAUUAUCAUCAUAUAUUAGUCACCAAGAAAACACUGUAAAACAUGUUGAUAAUACUGCAGAUCUUUGGGUUGAAAAGUAUAAACCUCAUAAAUAUUUGGAUUUGCUUAGUGAUGAGAGUACUAAUAGAAUGCUAUUACAUUGGCUAAAACUAUGGGACAAAGUAGUGUUUAAUAAAGAAGUAAACUUAAAAAAGAGAACUUCAAAUGUUGUAAACAAUAAAUAUGGUACUAAGUUUUUUAAAAAAAAUUUUGGUUUGGAUGAAGAACUAGAUGAUAACAAAUGUCCUAAAAUGAAAUUAGCUUUAUUAUGUGGCCCACCUGGUCUCGGAAAAACUACAUUAGCCCAUUUAGUAGCUAAACAAGCAGGUUAUAAUGUAGUUGAAAUAAAUGCAAGUGAUGAUCGUAACCCAACUAGUUUCAAAAUUAAACUUGAAGCAUCUACUCAAAUGUCAUCAGUAAUGGGUACUGAUUGUAGGCCAAACUGUUUAAUAUUAGAUGAAAUAGAUGGAGCUCCUAUGAAUACAAUUGAUGUGUUGCUCAAAUUUGCAUUAGAAAAAAAAUCAAGUCGUAAAAAAAAACCUAAUAAACAAGAAGAAAAAAGUUCUAUAUUAAAAAGACCAAUUAUUUGUAUUUGUAAUGAUGUUUAUGUACCGGCAUUAAGAAAUUUGAGGCAAAAUGCAUUUGUUCUAAAUUUUCCUCCUACAUCCUCUGCAAGAUUAGCAGAAAGAUUAAUGGAAAUUUCAAGCUAUGAAAAAAUAAAAACAGACAUGAGUGCUAUGACAGCACUUAGUACAAAAACUAAUAACGAUAUAAGAUCAUGUUUGUCAACAUUAUCAUGUUAUAGACAUCAACAAUUAAGAUCGUCAGAUAUAAAAAAUUCAAGUAUUGGCAAUAAAGAUAUGCAAAAAGGUCUUUUUUCAGUAUGGCAAGAAAUAUUUCAAAUAAAAAAAAGCUAUUUUGACAGUAAUUCAUUAAAUGGAGAAGAUGACCAUUCCAACUAUAAUAAUGUUAUGAAAGAUAGAGUGGAUUCUGUUUUAAAAACUGUUCAGAGUUACGGAGACUAUGAAAAGCUUAGUCAAGGAGUAUAUGAAAAUUUUUUAAGUUUAAAGCAAAAAGAUUCUUCAAUAUCAAGUGCUGUUGAAGGUUUAGAUUGGUUUUGUGAAUUUGAUAGAUUGACUACAGUUAUAAAUACAUCUCAAAACUAUUCCUUGUAUCCAUAUUUACCAUACAGUUUUGCUACAUGGCAUUGCUUAUUUGCAGCAUUUACUUGGCCUAAAAUUACCUAUCCUAGUGCAUCUUAUGAAGCUAUGGUUAAAAAGAACAAAUAUAAACAGAUUGUAGAUGAGCUUAUGAGUGGAAUAACUCCUUGUAUUCGAACAUUUCUUCACUUUAAUCAAAUUUUAUUGGAUACUAUGCCAUUACUUAUGCAUAUUGCUGUGCCAAAUCUAAGAUCUGUAAGUAUUCAACUUUUUACUUUAAAAGAAAAAGAAGACCUGGGAAAAGUUAUAAAUAUUAUGAUUGAAUAUGGAUUAAAUUACUACCAAGAAAGAUCUAUUGAUGGUUCUUUUAACUUUUUGCUUACUCCAUCUAUAGAUGAAGCAAUAAAGUUUCCUGGGUUAGAUAGUUUUCCUACUAUAAGUUAUGCUACAAAACAAAUAAUAUCCAGAGAAAUUGAUAUUGAAAAAAUGAGAAGAAGAACUUGUCAUAUUGAAACUGAUUUGGAAUUAGAGAAAAUAAUUAAUAUUGAUGCAAAAGAAAAAGCAGUUUUAACUCCAAAAAAUCAAAAAGGAGUUCGAGAAAAACCGCUUACUCCAAACCAUCUUCAAAAGUUGACACCCAAAAUAUUAAAACCUGCUAAAUCAUUGAAAAGGAAAGACUUUUUCGGACGAGAAAUCAGUUCUCCGGUUAUUUCCAAACAUAAAGAAAUUCGAGAUGAGAUCGUCAAGAGCGAUAUUUGGUUCCAUUUCAAAGAAGGUUACAACAACGCGGUGAGAAAAUCAGUAUUAAUGAAAGACCUUUAUUGAAAAACUAAUUCUUAUUUUAUAUUCAUUUAAACUUUAUUUUUUUUUAUACAGUGGUUUGUUAUUAGAAAAUUUUUUUAUGAUUUGUGUGUAUGGAUUAUACUAACUUAUUAAUGAUA